UUGUGUAAAAGGGCUGUACCACAUAUGUCCUAGGUUCCCUGUUGCUUUACAGAUGAUCAGAUAAGAGUUGAGUAUUUAAGAGCUGGUGUUGCUCCUGUUCCGCACCACAGGACGGCUGAACAUCAUCCUCAUCAUGAAGACGCUCGCUGUGUUCGCUCUUGUUUGUGCCAUGAUGGCCGUGGUGAGAGCUGCUGCCAUUUCAGAGGCAGCAGCGGAAGAACACGUAGCAGUGAAGAGUCAUGUGGUGAAGCGCUCCGUUCACUGCGGCCGGGGAUGGACCUCGAUGAAAGGACGCUGUUUCUACUACAACCCCAGACCACUGUCAUGGAAUAAAGCCGAGAGAAACUGCCACUCCCUGCGGGGAAACCUGGCGUCCGUGCACAACAUAAUGGAGUACCAUGCGAUCCAGAAGAUGAUCCUCGCCGCCACUCAUCAGUUUAAGCAAGCGUGGAUUGGAGGCUCUGAUGCACAUCAGGUGACCGUCUGGUACUGGACCGAUGGGACUCCUUUCAGCUACACAGACUGGUGCGAUGGGGAGCCCAAUAGUAGAGGCGUGCAGAGAUGCUUACAAAUGAAUCACUCAGAGGAUAAGUGCUGGGAUAACCUCCAGUGUUACGUUAAGCUGCCGUCCAUCUGUGUAAAGAGAAACUGAUGAGGCUAAAAGUCCACCUUAAACCUUGUGUGUUCAUCUGCAUGCUUUUAAAUACACCUGUCUUUACGCCAUCAGUGUCACAUAUGUACUGAUGGAUCUGAUUUAACUCAAUCAUUUAUUUUUGUAUUUCCUAUCGCUGUAACGCUGAGGACUGAAGCGACAAGUCAACUGAACAGGAGCUGCCUCUCAUGAGAGCAGACUGAAGGAGUUUGGACAGAGAAAAGGCUUUUAGCACAACCUUUAAUAUAUCAUAUUAAGGAGACUGUUCUUUUUAUAUUUGCAAGAAUAAAACGCUCAAGCAUUCCAACAA